CGCCCUUCCCCGUUUCGAAAAGGCUCUAGGUGGUGGGCUGAGGCCCCAGACCCCACUGCCCACCCACCUCUCACGCGCUCGGCGGAGGCCUCCGCCUCCUCCUGACGCUCCCCGGGUUCUGAGGGGCGGGCUGGGGAGAAGGGCCGGCCGUGACCGGAGAGAGUGUUUACCCGGCGCCUCAGCGCCAGUGGGCUGGCUGCAGCCCCGCCCCUCCCCCUCUUUAAAGGUGCCGAUCGCUCCCCUCCUCCCUCAGAGGAGCGGCCUCACGGUUGGUGUCCUCAGGGGCUGGCUUGACAGGGUGCUUCCGCGCUAGCCUGCUGUCCGCUGCGGUGGGAGAUGUCGGAAAGUAACCUGGCGGCGCGCAGUGACGGGCUCGAGGGGCAGGUGUCCGGGGCGCGAGUCAUCGCCCAGGCCCUGAAAACCCAGGACGUGAAUUACAUGUUCGGCAUCGUAGGCAUCCCGGUGACCGAAAUCGCCCUUGCUGCGCAGGAGGUGGGCAUCAGAUACAUCGGGAUGAGGAAUGAGCAGGCAGCUUGCUAUGCUGCCUCUGCAGUUGGAUAUCUGACAGGCAGGCCAGGAGUGUGCCUUGUUGUUUCCGGCCCCGGCCUCAUCCACGGUUUGGGCGGUAUGGCAAAUGCAAACAUGAACUGUUGGCCCUUGAUUGUGAUUGGUGGUUCCUCUGAAAGAAGUCAGGAAACAAUGGGAGCCUUCCAGGAGUUUCCUCAGGUUGAAGCUUGUAGACUAUAUAGCAAGUUCUCUGCCCGGCCAAGUAGCAUAGAAGCUAUUCCCUCUAUUAUCGAAAAGGCAGUGAGAAGCAGUAUUUAUGGUCGUCCAGGUGCUUGCUAUGUCGACAUACCUGCAGAUUUCGUGAACCUCCAGGUGAAUGUGAAUUCUAUAAAGUAUGUGGAGUGCUGUAUGCCACCUCCUAUCAGUAUGGCAGAAACCUCUGCUGUAUGCAUGGCAGCAUCUGUAAUCAGGAAUGCCAAGCAGCCCCUUGUCAUCAUUGGGAAAGGUGCUGCUUAUGCGCAUGCAGAGGAGAGCAUCGGGAAGUUGGUGGAGCAGUGUAAAUUGCCGUUCCUGCCCACCCCCAUGGGGAAAGGUGUCAUCCGUGACAACCAUCCAAACUGUGUAGCUGCUGCCAGGUCCAGGGCUUUGCAAUUUGCUGAUGUAAUUGUAUUACUUGGUGCCAGAUUAAAUUGGAUUUUGCAUUUUGGACUGCCUCCAAGGUAUCAGCCAGAUGUGAAGUUUAUCCAGGUUGAUAUCUGUGCAGAAGAAUUGGGGAAUAAUGUAAGGCCUGCUGUGACCUUGCUUGGAGACAUAAAUGCUGUCACUAAACAGCUUUUAGAACAAUUUGAUAAAACACCAUGGCAGUAUCCUCCUGAGAGCGAGUGGUGGAAAGUUCUGAGAGAAAAAAUGAAGAGCAAUGAAGCUUUAUCCAAGGAAUUAGCUUCCAAAAAAUCUCUGCCUAUGAACUAUUACACAGUAUUCUACCAUGUUCAAGAACAGCUACCCAGAGACUGUUUUGUGGUGAGUGAAGGAGCAAAUACUAUGGAUAUUGGACGCACUGUGAUUCAAAACUACCUUCCUCGCCACAGACUUGAUGCUGGUACUUUUGGAACAAUGGGAGUCGGUUUGGGAUUUGCCAUUGCAGCUGCUAUAGUGGCUAAAGAUAGAAACCCAGGGAAGCGUGUCAUCUGUGUGGAAGGAGACAGUGCAUUUGGAUUUUCUGGCAUGGAAGUAGAAACCAUCUGCAGAUACAACUUGCCAAUUGUACUUUUGGUGGUGAAUAAUAAUGGAAUUUAUCAAGGUUUUGAUACAGAUAGUUGGAAGGAAAUGUUAAAAUUUGGAGAUGCUACUACAGUGGCCCCUCCAAUGUCUCUUCUGCCCCACUCACAUUAUGAGCACGUCAUGACUGCAUUUGGAGGCAAAGGGUAUUUUGUACAAACACCAGAAGAACUCCAGAAAUCCCUGAGGCAGAGCCUGGCAGACACAACUAAUCCUUCCCUUAUCAACAUCAUGAUUGAGCCGCAAGCCACACGGAAAGCCCAGGAUUUUCACUGGCUGACCCAGUCUAAUCUGUAAAUAAAGAUGCCAAUGAGUGACUUGAAGAGUUUUCGCUUUCCUAUAAGAUUGAAUUUUAUUUUUCACAACAAAAGCACUAUAAUGUUAAAAUUGUCAUGCAAAAAUUAAAUAAAA